UGUGCGUGUGUGUGUGUGUGUGUGUGAGAGAGAGAGAGAGAGAGAGAGAGAGAGAGAGAGAGAGAGAGAGAGAGAGAGAGGGGGUAGUAAGUGUGGUAGCAGUGUGCUUUACAGUCGUUGCCACACAUGUAGCAACUCUGUCUAUUUUUGACUGGAUCUGAUUGUACUGGAGAUAUUUUUACAUCUUCUACACUGUGGGAGAUUUCCAUCAGAUAAAGACAGACUUUGGGUUUUAUUUUUUUCCUUUUUUGUUUUGUUCUUCUUUUAUUCUUAGUGUGUGAGCGUGUGUGUAUGUGAGAGAGAGCGAUAGAGAGAGGGAGAGAGAGAGGACCAGGAUGAUUGCAGCCCAGCUACUAGCCUAUUACUUCACCGAACUCAAAGAUGACCAGGUUAAAAAGAUUGAUAAAUACCUGUACUCCAUGCGGUUCUCGGAUGAGACGCUGCAAGACAUCAUGCAGCGGUUUCGCAGGGAGCUUGUCAGCGGAUUGGGCCACGACACUAACCCCACCGCCACGGUGAAGAUGCUGCCGACAUUUGUGUGCUCAAUCCCUGAUGGCUCAGAAAAGGGAGAUUUCAUAGCCUUGGAUUUGGGCGGCAGUAAUUUCAGGAUUCUCCAUGUCAGAGUGAGCCAAGAGAAAAAGCAGACCGUUCAGAUGGAGAGUCACAUCUAUGACACACCAGAUGACAUCAUACAUGGCACGGGAACAAGACUAUUUGACCAUGUGGCAGAGUGUCUCGGUGAUUUCAUGGAAAAACAAAACAUCAAGGACAAAAAGCUGCCAGUUGGAUUUACUUUCUCCUUCCCGUGCCAGCAGUCGAAACUGGAUGAGUGUUACCUGAUAACGUGGACUAAGCGUUUUAAGGCCAGUGGAGUGGAGGGAAUGGAUGUGGUCCAGCUGCUCAACAAGGCCAUAAAGAAGCGAGGAGAUUACGAUGCGGACAUCAUGGCGGUAGUGAAUGACACAGUGGGAACGAUGAUGACAUGUGGUUUUGAUGACCAGCGUUGUGAAGUCGGCAUCAUCAUCGGCACAGGUACCAAUGCGUGCUACAUGGAGGAGCUGCGUCACAUUGACCUGGUGGAGGGAGACGAGGGCAGGAUGUGUGUGAACACUGAGUGGGGGGCCUUUGGGGAUGAUGGCAGACUGGAAGACAUCAGGACAGAGUUCGACAGAGAGAUAGACAGAGGGUCCCUCAACCCCGGAAAGCAACUUUUUGAGAAGAUGGUUAGUGGUAUGUACAUGGGAGAGCUGGUUCGUCUGAUUCUGGUGAAAAUGGCUAAAGAGGGCCUGCUGUUUGAGGGAAGGAUCACCCCGGAGCUCCUCACUAAAGGGAAGUUGGAGACCAAACAUGUCUCAGCAAUGGAGAAGAGCAAGGAAGGGUUGACCAAGGCAAAAGAGGUUCUGAACAGACUUGGUGUUGAACCCUCAGCAGAUGAUUGCGUCGCUGUGCAGCAUGUGUGCACCAUUGUGUCGUGCCGUUCUGCCAACCUGGUCGCCGCCACGCUGGGCGCCAUCCUGCUGAGACUGAAGGAAAAUAAAGGUGUGGCGAGGCUUCGCACCACCGUAGGCAUUGAUGGAUCGCUGUACAAGAUGCACCCACAAUAUGCACGUCGUCUGCAUAAGGCCGUCCGCCGCCUGGUGCCAGACUCUGAUGUCAGAUUCCUCCUGUCGGAGAGUGGCAGUGGAAAGGGCGCUGCCAUGGUGACUGCUGUGGCCUACCGACUAGCCGACCAAUCACGACAAAUUGCCCAAACACUGUCCGAAUUCCGCCUGACGACUGAACAGCUGCUAGAGGUAAAGAAGCGAAUGAGGACAGAGAUCCAAAAUGGCCUGUCUAAGAACACCCAGGACUCGGCAACUGUCAAGAUGCUGCCGACCUUCGUUCGAAGCACGCCUGAUGGCACAGAGAACGGCGAUUUCCUGGCACUGGAUCUCGGAGGGACCAACUUCAGAGUUCUGCUGGUCAAAAUCCGCUCUGGAAAGAGGAGAACAGUGGAGAUGCACAACAAGAUCUAUGCUAUACCUAUGGAAGUAAUGCAGGGAACAGGAGAGGAGUUAUUUGACCACAUAGUGCAGUGUAUCAGCGACUUCCUGGACUACAUGGGGAUGAAGAACGCUCGCCUUCCUCUUGGAUUCACAUUUUCGUUCCCCUGCCGACAGACCAGCCUGGAUGCUGGUAUACUGGUGACUUGGACAAAGGGCUUCAAGGCAACUGAUUGUGAGGGGGAGGAUGUAGUGGGACUGCUGAGAGAGGCUAUCAAAAGGAGAGAGGAGUUUGAUCUGGAUGUGGUGGCUAUAGUCAAUGACACUGUGGGAACCAUGAUGACCUGCGCCUAUGAAGAACCCACCUGUGAGAUUGGACUCAUUGCUGGUACUGGCAGUAAUGCAUGUUACAUGGAGGAGGUGAGCAAUAUUGAACUGAUAGAGGACAAUGAGGGACGAAUGUGUGUCAACAUGGAGUGGGGUGCAUUUGGAGACAAUGGCUGCCUUGAUGACAUUAGGACAGAAUAUGACCGCGCUGUGGAUGAUUACUCCCUAAAUCCCGGCAAACAGAGAUACGAGAAGAUGUGCAGUGGUAUGUAUCUUGGUGAAAUUGUGCGAAACAUCCUGAUAGACCUAACCAAGAGAGGAUUCCUAUUCAGAGGACAGAUCUCUGAGACACUGAAGACAAGAGGCAUCUUCGAGACAAAGUACCUUUCACAGAUAGAGAGUGAUAGACUGGCGUUACUGCAGGUCAGAUCCAUUCUGCAGCACCUCGGAUUGGACAGCACCUGUGAUGACAGUAUUAUAGUCAAAGAGGUAUGCGGAGCAGUAUCACAUCGUGCAGCUCAGCUGUGUGGGGCAGGAAUGGCGGCCGUGGUUGAUAAGAUCAGAGAGAACCGUCGACUAGAACGUCUGAACAUCACCGUAGGGGUGGACGGAACGCUGUACAAACUACAUCCACAUUUCUCCCGGAUCAUGCACCAGACAGUGAACAAGCUCGCUCCCAAUUGUAACGUCACUUUCCUGCUGUCGGAGGACGGGAGCGGGAAAGGAGCAGCGCUCAUCACUGCUGUCGGCUGCCGGAUGAGAAAGGAACAGAACAAUAUAUAAAACUCAUCACCUCUGUCUCUGUCUUCUCCGUCGUCUCCUCUUCUCUCCCAUCCUCUUCUCUGCACUCACCUCCUCUUGUCUCUUUUCCUCGUCACUCCUAUUCUCUCCCUCUCUUGCCCGCCCAAUUAAACCAGUCCAGCUUUAAAUUAUCACACUCCAAUAGCUAUGUCAGCCAAUGUUCGCAAGAGGGAGAGACUGCUUUGUCUACUAUGUGGUGUAGAUGCAGAGUAGUCCAAUAUUGUGUCAAUAUACGGUCCGUCUGGGAUUUCUGAGAUUGAAUUUACGUUUCAUUAUUAUAUGAUUUUUACGCACAGAAUCAACCUCUAUGAGCAGGUGCAGAGCAGCCAAAGAAGAAGAAGAAAAAAGAAAAAGCCCACAUUCUUAUAUUGUAUUCUCAUGAGUUAAUCUUCACCACCUGCAGGAUCCCUGAUCUGAAUCCAAUAAUUUGUAGAAAUUGCAGUCCCAGUCUUUUUUUUUCUUCUUUUUUUUUUUCAAAUUGAUGUGAGAGGUGAAAGGAUUUCUCCUGUGGAAGCAUGCUGACACAUCUCUAUUACUGUAACUACACAGCCUUUGAAAGACUUCAGGCUAAGGUCACCGAUAGUCUGUCUGUCCGCUCUGUUGUUGGCUCACUGCUCUCUGCUCAUGAAGACAUUAAAAUGAAUAUGAAAUAAUAUUUUACUGGAGAUAUGUAAAGCAUAAUGAGACAAAAGGGAAUAUUUUUGCUUUAAAGUUUCUAAUAGCUCACCCUGGUAUGAUAUAUAUAUAUAUAUAUAUAUAUAUAUAUAUAUAUAUAUAUAUAUAUAUAUAUAUAUAUAUAUAUAAUACAUUAUUGCUAUUUAUUCUAUAUUUGUAAUGGGGGAAUGUUACAGUCACAAUAAUGACAUGCACAGUGAUAGCCAUAGUAGAAGUCCCCUCUCUCUGUAACUAUUUUGCAUUUGACAGUUUACCAAACCAUUCUUCUCAGGGAUGGAGUAGCAAGGAGUUCAGCGGCAGUAUCUGUAGAAGGAGGAACUUCUACACUGACUUGAUCUGUAAGGGAGAGCCAUGUAAUGUGACCUGCUGAAUGUUCUGGGUCUCAUUAACACCAGUUUUAUUGAACCCUUGUGUCCCCUGCUGCGAAAGUCAUCCAAAGAUCAUCAAUUAUUAAAUAUAAUCCUGUUGUUUGUAGUAUAAAGAGCCAUUGAAAGACAUAGUUUAGUCAGGUUAUAUUGCGGACACUGUAAUGCAAAGAAACGAUAGCUGCAGAUACGUAACGGUGCUCUCCAUCAUAUCUCAUCGUGUAAGGUCCAAUAUUCUUAAAAUUGGCUGGCAUAGAAUCAAUAGUUAUGUGGAAAUAGGUCAAAGGUAGGAUCAUAGAGCUAACAUGAAUGCAGAUGAAACGUUAAAAGCCAAACUCUAUCUAUCUAUGGCUCUGGCAAGAGUCUGAUAUUAAAGCAGCUGAAAGGGGUUUUUAUUGUGAAAAGAAUUUUCUGUGCACAUCCAAUCCUAAAUCAUGAAUUUUGUGGAAAGGAUAUUUAAUCUCUUGAAAUUAUGUUUAUUCAGGCUAUCAUUGUGAAUACUCUGUAACUCAACAGUCCAAGUAUUUGGAAUUUUAAUGACCAAGGGCCAUACUGAUACAAAUUCACACAAAAAAAAAAACCUCUCAUGAACAAGAUUCACAAGUCUGUUUUGGGGAUUUAUUUAAUCUGGUACUUAUAAUUAUCAAUAAAAUAGCAUCUCAGAUUAAACAAAUUCCUCAAAAGAUUUUGGGAAUACAGUUUUUUGCAUUUAUUGGAGAUAGUUUUUCUUUUAUUAUUUUAAAAGCAGGCCUUUGUAAGUUGAACAAGAUAUUCCGCGGGUCAUUAUUUGUAACCUGAGUUGCUUGUUUUCCAUUCGUCCUCGUAGGGGCAGGCUAGCUUACAAGCCUGUUGCUGUUAGGGUAACGGGGUGGAUCUGUAGGUUUUUGAGCACUUGCUUGGUAGAUGUAUUGUCCAUAUAUGAACAAAACCAGCUUUCUAUAUCACCAGGUCCCCAGCUAUCUUGCCUCAUUCUGACGUAAAUUCUCCAUCCAAGCCUGUCCAAAGCUUAAAAACACAAUCACCUCAUUCAUCUCACAUACACACAUGUACCAUUUUAAACUUUUCAUUUUCGUUUUCUGUCCACAUCUCUCGUUCUGUGUCUACUCAACGCUGUCAUUCAAUCACUUAAUAAAGACAAAUUUGUGUCAGUCGGACUGGAUCGUUCAUUUGUU